ACUCUUCCUUUAUUCCCUCUGAGGUGAAGCUGAGGUGGGACGUGGUCCACUCCUUUCGUAGAGCCUGCCAUCAUGGCUCGCUAUCUGAAGUAUUUCACCACCGUGGGCGACAAGCAGCCGGUCGAGGGGGAGGAUGAAGAGCUGCACGUGGCCAGCGAGGAGCUGAGCCCCGCCACUGGCCUGUUUCCAACAGCGCUAACCUUCAGGGAGUCAUUGCAAAGACUCUACAUCUCCGACCGGUUUCAGAUAUUGGUGGUGUGUUUGGUGAUCCUGGAUGCCUUCUUCGUUCUGGCGGAGCUGCUUAUAGAUCUGUCUGUUAUCAAGCUGGAACACGGCCAUCUUGCUCCUGAGGUGUUUCACUACCUGAGCUUGGCUCUUCUCACAUUCUUCAUGGUGGAGCUGGCUGGUAAGCUGUUUGCUUAUCGCCUGGAGUUCUUCCAGCACAAGUUUGAGAUGUUUGACGGUGUGGUGGUGGUACUUUCCUUCGUGUUGGACAUUGUCUUCAUCUUCCACGAGGACGCCUUUGAUGGGAUGGGUCUCCUCAUCCUGCUGCGACUCUGGAGAGUGGCCAGAAUUAUCAACGGUAUCCUGGUGUCAGUGAAGACCCGCGCUCACCAGCAGAUCCACAAGCUGAAGGAGAGCUAUGACCACCUGGUUCAAAGAGCCACAGAGCUACAGCAGCGCAACGAUAAACUGGAACAAGAAAACCAGAAACUUCAAGCCCUCUUGAAGAAGCAUGACAUAGAGUUCUAACUCAUCAAGCUAACUGUGGAACUACUGUUCACUAUCAUUUAUAUCAUGUACCUUUCUGCACUGUUUUAAACAUUUCAAGCUAUAAAUUUCAUGAUAAACUUUUAUUUUAGACUUGCUUUCAGCACGACUUGUUUACAGAACCUUACCGUUACCAUACUACAUUACCUGCAGAGAAAUCAUCUGUUUAUCAGUUUACCUGUAUCAGUAGAUUCAUAUCCAGCUCUCCUGUCAUUAUAGUAAUGGAAAUAGCACUCACUAAAGCUGUAAGGCCAUAGCCUUCAUUUGCUUGCUUGUAAAUAUUUUCCUUAAACUGAUGACUUGCAUAUAAAAUGAAAUUUACAUCUGCUUAGUAACAUUUAAAAGAACUGUAUGUUGUGUAAAAAACAUUUAAAUAAAUGAAGUGAUUUUGUUUAUUCAAAAA